UCUAAAUGUUGCAGCUAGUAAGGAAUAUGCGCUGAUCGAAUGCUUCGUCGAACAAUACUGAUCGCUAACUUUUCUGAAGAGGCUGAAGACAUUUGGACACCAAACGGUCUUGGCUGCGUGCUGACAAAAGCUUGAGUGCAAUACUGUUGCCCGCCUCCUCGUCACACUUUCCAAAACAACACAAACGCCUGUUAAACAUCUGCAAAACAUUUGUGCUCUCCGAGAUAAAAAGUUCUUUGGCUGAACGCUGCACCGCUCGGCAGUGUGGGUCCAACCGGCACGCGCAGCUGCAGGCAGACAUCUUAACGAACGUGCGUUUGAAGAGUUUACCAAAAGGAUAUCAUGGAACGAGUGCAAGGCCUUCGCUUGGUGAUGUGCCUUCUGCUGCUGACACAGUGCGCACACCAGCAAAGCCCGGAAAAGAAGAAAAACACCAAGAAAGGCUCUACGAACGCUGCAAUCGAGGAACUGAGGAAACAAAUUGAAGACAUUGUUUUCGACUUGAACUUGUUGAAAGAGCAGCAAUCUCUGCAGUCAAUGUGCUUGCGUGGAACGAAGGUCCCGGGCAAGUGUUUCCUCGCCGACCCGGUCAAGAAGACUUUCCACGUGGCCAGUGACGACUGCGUCGCCAUGGGGGGCAGCCUGAGCACCCCCGUGACCGGCCAUGAAAACGACCUGCUGUACGCCUACGCGCGUCAGAGCAUCAGCCCGGAGGAGCCCAUCUGGCUGGGCGUCAACGACAUGGUGACCGAAGGCCAGUGGGUGGACCAGUCGGGGUCCAACUUGCGCUUCAAGAACUGGGAGACCGACAUCACCACGCAGCCGGACGGCGGCCGCAGCCAGAACUGCGGCACGUUGUCCACCACGGCCAACGGAAAGUGGUUCGACGAGAGCUGUCGGGCCGAAAAGGCUUCGGUGUGUGAGUUUAACAUUGUGUGACUUCACUAGCAUUACCCCCAAUUGCCUUCAAGAUGCCAUGUAGAGUACUAAGUACAUUUCUGUAUAACAUUUCAAAAAUAAUGUGCCACAUCUUUAACCACCCACUCACUUACAUCAAUAGUCAAUACGCCAUUUUCAGCAUUAGCAGAAAUGAAAAUUGGCUGCUUGAUUUGUUGAGUUAGAACGGGGAGAUUUCAAGGUAACCACCACUGGAUUUCUAUCCUUAUAUUCAUAUAUUUUUCUAACAUCUGCUAAUAAACAUGUAUUUUUCUGCCAA